AUGUCUGCUCCUUCGCUUUCCCCUGCUCCACCUACAGCUCCCCCGCCCCCGCCCGCCUGGGUCCGUGUCGCCGGCGAACACCCCGCCGGAUUGUACCGUGACCUCCUCCGCCUUGUGUGUUUGCUGAAGGAACUGUUCUUGGAGGGCAAGUCAACGCAUGCUCGCCUUAAGAUUCUUUUUGCGACUCUUAGCGUCCACGACGUUGCCACUGCCCUGUACCAGUUCGACUAUUCGGUUGAGUGGUACCGCGAGUCCCACCGGCUCGGAUACCCAGCGCCAGUGGAGCUUCUGCCGCCUAUCGCUCUUUGCGAGAGGAUGGUUAGAAUCUACACAUACCUCUUCAUUGGCUUCUGCGUGUAUGCGGGCAGCACGCACCGCAAAUGCCAAGGCGACGGCGAGCGGCCCAUCUCCAUCCGGCCGACGCAACAUGCCAAGGGUGUCAGCACGGCUCUGUUCUCCCUCCGCCUGGCGUUCAGCUCGAUGUCAGCAGAGGGCGAUCUGGGUUUGAGGCUGGCCUGGGCCCCCGGCGCAGACAAGGCCGAGGAGAUGAUCGGCAAGAUGGUGAAGAGGGCCAACAAGAACAACCAGAGCAAGACGGACGUCACCCAAGAGCUGCAGGAUGCCGUCGCAGAGGGCCUCGCCGACCUCCAUGAGGUUGUGCUCGCAUGCCGACUCGGCACAGUGGCACGCUUCGUCCCAUGGUGUGCCGCGGCUGGUGUGUCGAUGCUCCUCACGCCCGGUGCGAUGGUCGCCAACGAGGUCCCCAGGUUCACAGCCCCGUCUUAA